UUGCGCGAGACAACCUGCCCGGAGUACCUUCUUCUUGAUAUCGGCACCAGCAUCCCACCGGACUCGCAUAUUUUCCUUUUUUUUUUUUUUGAUAAUUAUCUUCAAUCGUCGAUUCAUCUCUGUCGUUCAAUUCAAAUCUAAAAUUCCUGUUGUGUUAUUUAUUUCUCACCGUUUGAAUCAUCGGGCACGGGUACGACGUUGAUGUUCUCUUUUUUUUUUUUUUUUUUUAUUUAGACUUGAUUAAAUUAUAUCAAAUUAGUCAUGGAAUUUAGCCAAACGUUUUUGAUCAUACUUAAACGAGUCAAUGAUACAUCAUCAUCGAAUGAUUACUUUAGAUUUGUUUUUGUAUCAGCAACAUUGUGUCGAUCGGAUGAUGUGUAAAUAAGAUUUGUCUUUUUUGUCCGUGUGUGUUGUACGCGGAUUAGAAUGAUACGUUAGUGUUCGUCCACUUGGUGAGAAGAAGUUUUUUAUUUGGUGAUAAUUUAGUGUAUUAGUUCGUUUCGAUGUUGGUUAAUUCGAAGGAUUGAAUUACGUGCGUCGUCGCAACAUUCGCGACAAUCUGUCGAGAAAUCGAAGGGGGACUUUGGUGAUGUACGACAGCGCUAGCUGUUCGUACGCAGGUGCGCUCGAAUUAAAAGGAACCACCGGUAGCGGAGCUGCGGCCGGGGCCGGGGUCGGGGUUGGGUCCGGAUCCGGGAGCGGAACCGGAGUCGGGGCCGGAGCCACGACCGCGGCCGCGGCCGCUGCUGCCUCUGCGGUGGUCGCUGGUGUUACCGCUACCAAUGUUAAACAAGAAAACUGGCCGUAUCGUGGAUUGUCAUGCGACAGCACGUUUCAACGACUUAAGGAAAGUGUCAAACAGGCUAAACAAGCAUUAGCCGAUCGUGCUGGUUAUCUUCCUGGAGCUUUUUCACCACCCCCGCGUGCCAACCCGUCCGCCAUUUCGCCGACCGCCUCCUCCAUCACCGAUGCAAGUAGUUCGUACAAAGGAGGCUGGAGUCACGCGACAUCCCCGGCCCCUGGCCAGGGGUACGGAAGCAGCCUAUCAAAGUCGGCGUUGGACACUCACAGCCACCUCAGGCAGCCUGACCCCUAUCAAAUGUUUAGCGCGACUAGUAGUCGCUUGGCUAGUUCAGGAUCCGGUCAAAUUCAACUUUGGCAGUUCCUACUCGAACUUUUAUCCGAUUCUAGCAAUGCCGCGUGCAUUACGUGGGAAGGAACUAACGGUGAAUUCAAGUUGACCGAUCCGGACGAAGUUGCGAGACGUUGGGGAGAAAGGAAGUCUAAACCUAACAUGAAUUAUGACAAAUUGUCGAGAGCCUUGAGGUACUAUUACGACAAGAACAUCAUGACGAAGGUACAUGGGAAAAGGUACGCGUACAAAUUCGACUUUCAAGGUUUAGCAGCAGCUACGCAACCAGCCGCGGCCGAUCCAGCGGCAUACAAAUAUCAAAGUGAGCUGUUCAUGUCAGGUUAUGGUCAUGCCAAGUUGAACCUGAUGCCACCACCAGCAGCAUCAGUUUCGGUUUCGGUACCGGGUGGUCUUUUUCAAUCGGCAUCCAGUUAUUGGUCGACGACACCAAGUGCAAAUCUUUACGCUGGUCAUCACACGGCAUCGGGUCACGUGCCACCACAUCUUGGCAGCUAUCCCCAUUACGCAUGACCUUCUGCCGAACAUUGGAGCACUCUUGAUGAAAAUGUGAACUACUCGGAAUGAAGGAACAAACACACACACAGAUAACCCGUCGGAAGAAAUUUGGCGAUGUUUUCGUGUGGUCGACGGUGCGUGCGCUUCGGAUUCAUUGUAAGAUCAUUGUAAAUAAAUUAUAUUAUUAUUGCAUUAUUCAAACGAUAUUAACGUUAACAAUGAUUGGAUUUAUCUCUUUUUUUUAUUACUAUGACGAUUUAUCUUUUAUAUCAUUUUUUUUUUUU